AUGGUUAUUAGAACAUCGCUGCCGCGGAGAUUGUUUAAAAUUAGUCCGCUUGUGAGCUUUAAGCCGGGCGCAGGCGUGGUGUAUCACCCCUCGGUCCACGACGCCCAUGUGAAUGAGACGCUGAGGCAGGAAAGAGCAGUAAAACAAGGAGUGAAGCUUCCGCAGGUCAGAAAGGACGCCUUCUAUAACGGCCUCGACCCUGACAAGGUGGUCACCAACGAUUGGCAGAGUCUGGACGUCGGAAGGAUCCCGAUGCGCGGGGGCUACGCGUUCGCAGGCUACCGCUUCCCGCAGGUGAAGGCCUUUAACGAGGACGAGCUGGUCCGCUUCUUCGACUGCGAGAACUUCCUGAACCGGUACUCUCCGAAGGAGAUAUGGAAGUCCGCCAAGUACAGACUUAGGUUCACGAGGCUCAUGUACCUGUCAUUUCUCUUCCCGUUUACCUUCGUCUGGGCCGAGUUCAUGUGGAAGAGUCGGUACGAGCCGCUCGAGACCACGAUUCCUACAGAGGACUACCACAAGCACUACGUUUGGCACUCUCUCGGCCACAAGCUCGACCACCACGCCUUCGUCCAGUACUCUGAGGCCAGGAGGACUCACAAGUGGCGCAACGACCAGAUUAACCCUGAGGACUACAUUCCUCCUCAGUACAGGAACCUGCAGGAGUUGCCCAAGGGCCUCGUUCCUUCUCACUGA